AUGUUUGAUAUAAAGGCAUGGGCUGAGUAUGUUGUGGAAUGGGCUGCAAAGGACCCAUAUGGCUUCCUUACGACAGUGAUUUUGGCCCUUACACCACUGUUCCUAGCAAGUGCUGUGCUGUCCUGGAAAUUGGCCAAGAUGAUUGAAGCCAGGGAAAAGGAGCAAAAGAAGAAACAAAAACGUCAAGAAAAUAUUGCAAAAGCCAAACGACUGAAAAAGGAUUGAAGGAAAGAGGAGGCUCUGCAGGCAAAGAAAAAUCAUUUGGAAAAUGAUGCAACUUUGGAAGGACCCACUAAGGUUUCUUCUUUGGAUUUUGUGACAGUAUUACUUAGUAAACAAAGUCUGACCAUAUGGGAGAAUCCUGUUAGCACUGACCUCAAUAAUGUAGUAAUGUUUAGUUUCGGAUGUAAAAGAUUGUUGGUGUCUAUUGACAGUUACUGUAAAUUGGCAUUUAUUAUGCUACAUAUUUUUUAUAACUGACCUAGUCAUUUGUCAGUUAUUUUGCAGCAUAUGUACUGAAAUGAAAACAUCCUAUGGAGAAAAAUAAUUUUAAAUUAUGAACUCUAAUCAAAUAAUGGCUUAAAUUAAGGCCCUGUUUUGGACAAAGGAAAUGAUGAAUGUAAAAGUGAAAAUUAUCCUUUCUGAGGUGAAAAGUGUGCUUUGGUUUAAAAAAGAUACAGUAUAUUAAUCACAUCUUUUAUCAUUAUUGCUUAUUUCUUGGAAUAGAAUAAUUUCUGCCUUUUCCAAAAUGAUAUUAAUAAAUAUUUCUAUUUUCUGCAUUGAUUUUCUGAUUUUAGCCUUAGAGAUAUUAAUAUAAUUAUCAGACAUUCUGCAUUUUUGUAAACCUAAUUUUACAAAGAGUUCUCUUAUUAACUAUGUAGAAUACCAUCUACUGGAUAUAACUAUUUGUACUUAUGAAUACUGCCAUUUUCUUAGAGAUGAUUUGUUGAGAAGAAUAAAACUAUGAUUUAAAGCUUGCAUUUAAAAUGCCAAA